AUGAUUCAAUUGAAUCUGAAAGUUAAUAAAUAUUGCUCUGCAAUCUUAUGUAAAAGUGUUAUUGUAUUAGUUCCUAACUUGUGCACCCAAACGUUUUCGAAUACUUCGUUAUCAACCAUUCUGAACCCACGUUCCAACAGAUGCAACGCACACAAAGAUAAUAAAAAUGUCGAAACGAAAAUUUCCGAAACCAAAACAAAUCUUAUUAACAACGCACAGACACAAUGCGCAACGACUGGACGCCGACGAAAACUCUCCUCGUUGGGUGGUACGCUCUCCGCGCGAUCCUGUCGCAGUGAAACGAAGGAGCUGCGCUCGGCGCUGCAAGAUCGCGAAGCAGUCAUACAAAAUCUACGCAUACAGUUGUGCUUAGGCAAAUUGCCGCGCCCCACAGGACCACCGCUGGACGAGAGUGAGAAACCCGCGGCAGAACAAAAGCUGCAGAGACUAAAAGCCGAAGCGGAGAACAAGAGAAUCAAAAUCAAGAACUUGAAAACUGCACUGGAGAAACUAGAUAUAACAGAUAAUAUUGAUACACGCAUACGCCAGGCGGAACUGGAGUAUGCGCUUGGCCGCGAGGAACUUCAAAUGUUAUCGAUUGUCGAGGAAGCGCGCGCAUUGCAAGCCCGUUUGGAGAAGUCAAAACCUGAAGUGCAGACCAUUUACAACAUACUCAACUCUGGCGCCACACUAAGCCUACACGCGGUCCAUGCGACCACCGGCCGCUGGUCUGCACACACCAAAUCCGACCAGCCCGGCUUCUUUGUGGAAUGGGCGCUCGAAGGUGACGGCCUGUACAAAGGAGAUCGCAUACUCGAAAUCAAUGGAAAUCUUAUCGCCUGUCGCACCAAAGAGGAACUGCAUAAAGCGAUAGGCAAUUCAGGUAAAUGCCAAAUGGUGGUGCUGCGCAAUAAGUGUGCGCCGAUACCGCAAAAGCAAAUAGAUCAGGAGAAAGAGAAGGAGAACAAUAUGCGGUUGCAGCAUCGUAUUUCCUAUCUCGAGGAGCAAGUACGCGAGCUGCAAACUGCUAAGGAACUGGAGAUCUUGCAACAGGUACUAUCCCAGCAGUCAAAGGCGCUGGCGCAGAUUCCACUACUGCAACCUUCAGCAGCGCACAUAAAUAACGGUACCAAUAGUCAUGUGACCAGCAUCAGCAUCUCAUCGCCACCGUCCACGCCGCCCGACAACAAGCCAUUGGUUUUCCAACGCGGCAACUAUAUAACCACUUUGGUUGGCGGCAAGCCAAUUGAGCUGGUUGGUGAGAAUUGCGAACAAAAUGGCUUGAGCAAAAGCAACACGGUGGCGCACGUUACCAAAACGCUGAUCAAGGAGAAUACACAAAUUGAUAUGCAUCAUGAGCGCGCACAACGCGCGUGCACAGCGACGACUACCUCAUACCCUUGCCUGCCACCCAAGUCACUGUCCGCUUCGAAGAUCUCCAUCAACAGCGAUUCCGCGUACAUGCAACAAACGCACUAUCGACGCAGCGAGAAGGAGCGGCAUGCACGCGACCGUGAACGCGAACGCUAUGAUCGAACGGCGAGCAAGGCUAGCGCGCUGCAACACCGCGCCAAUAUGCAAGCGCGCAGCGUGGAACACUUGAAUCACUACAAUGGCAUUGAACGCCGACGCGACUGCUCUGCCACGCCGGACAGGCAUGCGCAUGUGCCCACCGAUAUGCGCAGCGUUAAGUCGCUAGAUUUUGAUAGCGAGCAUGAAACCAAACCCAUCAGCGACACAGUAUCAGAGGUGCGCGCUGUCCGUCCGACGCCACCAAAGAAGCCGCUGCGUUUAUCACUGCAACGCGCCCAGAGCCUACAGACUGUCGAGCUGACGCCAAGCUCUGAUUCGGAACGUAAGCGCCCGAUGAAGCGAGCGCAUAUCAACGAUAAGGCGCCCGGCGAACGAGAGGGCGCGAUACUCAUCGAGAAUUGCGCACCACCAACGCAAACGGCAUCGCUGGGCAGACCGCGGACGAAUAUAUGAAGGUUGCUGAAUGUUCUCUUUAAGCGCAAUGAAGAGACACAUUACUAGUGAAGGUGAAGGUGAAGUUGGUUAGGAAGUGGCUUAGGAGAUGGAGUUAUUUUAUAGGCAAAGUAGUGUUAAAUAUAUCAAACAUGUUUCGGGGGCGGAUGAGUGCAAGAUUUGUUCUACAUAGUUUUAAGAAAUAAAUUCUUUACCAAAUAUUGAAAAAUAUUUCAACAUUUAAUAUUAAGCGUAUAUGUAAGUGUGCAAGGUAUAUGGAACGGUAGGCAAGCUGGUCUAAAUGCAAAAGUUAAAUUUAUUUAAGUUUUUAGUAGUAACACUGCAUACUUGCUAUCAUUAGUAAGUUCAAAUAAUAAUACAAUAAAAGUGUACAAACAAUUUUUUAGCACAAUUUUGUAAUACAAAUUAAUUUGCAUGAAUGUAAAUACACAAUCAAAUCAUAACGAAACUGCAAGUGUGUUUU